GGCGGCACCAUGGAGGGGCGCAGAGCAGGAGGAUGUCACAGGAGCAAGGACACAGCAGCGGCCAGCUGGCAACCCCGGAGUCGGGGGAGCCCAGGCCCGAUCAGGGCCUGAUGGAGUGGGGCCGGGCCCGGCAGGUCUAUCUGGUGACGGGCGGCUGCGGGUUCCUGGGCUCCCAUCUGGUGCGGAUGCUGGUGGAGCGGUCGCCCAACGUGGCCGAAGUGCGCGUCUUCGAUCUGCAGCUGGAUCCGGCCCUGCGGCAGCUGGGGACAGACAAGGUGAAGGUGACCCUGAUCUUGGGGGACAUCAGUAGCCCCACGGACGUUGGGGCUGCCGUGAAGGGGGCGGACGUGGUGAUCCACGCAGCCAGCUUGGUGGACGUGUGGGGCAGGGUCCCGCCCGAGAAGAUCACGGAGGUGAACGUUCACGGGACCAAGAACGUGAUUGACGCCUGCAUCGAGCAUGGGACCCAGUAUCUGAUCUACACCAGCAGCAUGGAGGUUGUGGGCCCCAACACCAAGGGGGAUCCCUUCUACAGGGGGAAUGAGGACUCGGCCUACGAUGCCCAGCACGAGCAGCCAUACCCCCUGAGCAAGGCGCAGGCCGAGCGCAUGGUCAUCGAGGCCAAUGGGACGCCUCUGGGGGGUGGCCGGUGGCUGGUGACCUGCGCCCUGCGCCCCACGGGGAUCUAUGGGGAGAAACACCCGCUAAUGAAGGAAUUCUACGAGAAGGGGCUGCAGACGGGACGGAGGCUGCUCCGGGCCAUUCCCGUCAGCACCGAGCACGGCCGGGUCUACGUGGGCAACGUGGCCUGGAUGCACGUGCUGGUGGCGCGGCAGAUGCAGGAUGCCCCAGCGGCCAUCGGGGGCCAGGUCUACUUCUGCUACGAUGCCUCCCCCUACAAGAGCUACGAGGACUUUAACAUGGAGAUCCUGGCCUCCUGCGGCUUCCGCCUCCUGGGCUCCCAGCCCGUCGUGCCCCAUUGGCUCCUGCGCUGCCUGGCCCUGGCCAACAACCUCCUCCGGCGGCUUCUCCGGCCUUUCUUCUCCUACGCCCCCCUGCUCAACCCCUACACCCUGGCCGUGGCCAGCACCACCUUCACGGUGCAGACGGACAAGGCCCAGCGCCACUUCGGCUACCAGCCCCUCUACACCUGGGAGGAGAGCCGAGCCCGCACUGUGGCCUGGAUCCAGGAGGUCGACGCCCAGAGAGAGGCGGGGAAGUAGAGCCGGUGGAGUCAGAUAGUAGUGGGGGGACUGAGCAGCUGGGCCUUGGUUCCAGCCUGCAUGUUUCUUUGCAAUGAAUCCAGCUCCAGAGAGCGGGAUCCAGAUCCAGGUGUUGUUCCAACCCGCCAGUGCCAGGGGAUGUGGGAAUCCGGAUCCGGUUUUGCUCCAUCCCGUGGCUGUCAGAGCAGGGGAUGGGGGAAUCCGGAUCGGGGUUUUGCUCUGAUCCUACCUACAUCCUUCCAGUGAAUCUGGCUCCAUGGAGAUGGAUUCCGGAUCCGGGUUUUGCUGCCAGCCUGUGCCCCUCAGUGCAGAGGCAUUGGCCAGUCCAGGCCUUGUCUCAUCCCAGCACACCGCGGACCCGGUUUCCUUGGGAUCCAGAUCCAUGUUCCACUCCCGGAAUCCAGGUUUUGCUCCCCCCCCCCCGUGCAUUCCUGCAGACCAUCCCGCUCUGAUUGCAAAGGGAUCCAGAUCUGGAUUUUGUUACCACCCUGGUGCUUUGGUCCAGAUCCCCAGUGCACUUCUGGGGAGGAACCAGCUCUACCCUAAAGGGAUCAUCAUAGAUCAUCAGACUAUCAGGGUUGGAAGGGACCUCAGGAGGUCAUCUAGUCCAACCCCCUGCUCAAAGCAGGACCAAUCCCCAGACAGAUUUUUGCCCCAAAUCCCUAAAUGGCCCUCUCAAGGAUUGAACUCACAACCCUGGGUUUAACAGGCCAAUGCUCAAACCACUGAGCUAUCCCUCCCCCCAGGAUCUGGGCCUGGAGUCUCCCCCCAGCCCCAUGUUAUCGCAGAGGUGGGUCAGACAGCUGGACCCGGAUCCUACUCAAGAAAUCUGGCUCCUGGACUCCAUUCUCCACGGAGAUCCUGCUCCGGGAUUUCUUUCCAACCUCUGUAUUAGCCACCAGCCUGGUCUCCAUUCUCCAUGGAGGCCAACCCGCAUAUUAGACCUCUUGGAUUGGAGUCCAUUCCCCAUUGGACUCCAGCUCCAGGCUUCCUUCAGCGCGUGAAUACCUCUGGUCUAAGCAUUAAUUUUCUCAAUAAUUAUUAUUAUUAUUAUUAUUAUUUUAUUAUGACUAAUUAUAAGAAGAGGCCUAAAGCCCACAGCACAUUCCACACAGACGUGCCAAGCAAAGUCUGGUAACUUAUGUAUUCAUUAAACUGUUAAAGGAUCA